AAUUUCUCAGUAUUAUAACGAACUCGUAACGACCCCGUUAUGUCUUCCUCGACAACGCCCACCGACGACGAGCUCAAAUCCUCACUAACCUCUCUCCGCACCUCCAACCCCUCCCUCGGCAUCCCCAAACUCCACGCUCUCCUCCUCUCGUCUAAUCCCUCCUGGACAGUCUCCGAAAAACGGACGCGUAAAAUCCUGCAAUCCGCAGGCUUGGUCAACGCACCGCCUCUCUCGAAAAAGGUAUCUUCGAAUGGGGAGGUGGGGGUGAAGUAUCCGGUCAGUAAGCUAGUGAAGGGGCUGGAUGUGAGUAAGUGGACGACGAAGGUGGAGGUGAAGGAGUUUGGGGCGAAGAAGGGGAAGGGGUUGGUUGCGAAAGAGGCAAUCAAGGAGGGAGAUGUGCUUUGGAAAGAGGACCCUUUCGUACUCGCGCCGGAGUGGGACAUCUACGACCUCCAACAAAAAUCCGCCGCCUGCGCCUUCUGCUCGACCCCUCUAACCGCAACCCCACUAAGCGUCUCCUGCCCCUCCUCCACCUCCUCCAUCCACUGUCCCGCCCGUUUCUGCUCCCGUCUCUGUCUCUCCCGCGGCACGAAACACACGCACCCUCUACUCUGCCCCGCACAGAACCCGGCGUCGGUCCCGCUGUUGGCGUUCGUGAAGAAGAAUAGGUGGAUGGGGCUGCAUGCGCUGGUGCAGGUUAUUGCGAGACUGCUGAUUGCGGCGCAGAGCGGCGAGGAAGGACAGAUGGAGAAGGAUUGGGAUGUUGUGAGUGCGUUGGCGGAGUUGAGUUUGGAGGAUAGGGCGAAGAGUGUUUGGUAUAAAGGCGCAGAACCCGACCGCCCCACAUGGACAAAAGCACACCAGCUCUGCGUCCAAGCCUUCCAAACGCCUUCGUCUCCUCAAGACCAAAAGAAGCUCGCGAAGAUUCUGAGGAAACCUUUGCCUGAACAUAUCGCGAAAGAAUUGUUCGAGUAUGGCGGGUUUUUGAGGGGUUUGGGAAAGAUGAAUCUGAACCUCGAAGCCCACGGCGGUCUUUACACCCUCCACUCCCACCUGAACCACUCUUGCGAUCCCAACCUCUCCAUCCGUCACCUCGACCCGCGCACCUCCCUCUCCCGCAUCACCGUCAUCGCGAAACGGGACAUAGAUGCUGGCGAGGAACUCACUGUCACCUACGUCGAUCCGGGGUUGAGGUUGAAGAGGAGGAGGGAGGAGUUGGGUGGGUGGGGGUUUGGGGUUUGUAAGUGUGCGAGGUGCGAGGAGGAGGAGAGGGAAAUAAAAGAAGGAAGGGGAGAGGAGGAGGGAGAAGGAGAGGGUGGGGAGGGGGUGCCAGAUGAUUUGGAGAAGGAGUUGAAGGCGGGGUUGGGGGUAAUGUAGUAUAAGAAGGGUGUAAGUAUGUUGGCAGGACAUGAAGAAAUUAAACUGUCAAUGAAUC